AUGAGGCUCUCAAUUACAAAAUCUUCAGGGCCAUGCACUUCCAAUAUUGCCACACAACAGGUAACAUGUAGCGUUACUCGGUACAAGAGAAAAAACCUCAACAUAAAAAUUCACUCUCCCAAAACUUGGGAGAACCUAUUUUCCGACUACAACAUUACAAGAAAUCCAGCUUCAGCACCAGUGAACUUGAGCAAGAAAUGGAUGGACUAUCAAGGUAUCAAGAACUGGGAAGGUUUACUCGACCCGCUCGACGAUAAUUUACGCCAUGAGAUCAUUCGAUAUGGCCAAUUCGUGGAAGCUACUUAUAGAUCGUGUGAUUUUGACCCUUCAUCUUCUUCUUAUGCCACUUGUAGAUACUCGAAGAGAAAGUUACUCGACCAAUCGGGGUUCCGCGACACCAGGUAUCGAGUUACUAAGAAUUUGAGUGCCACGUCUGGGAUUCACUUGCCUCGAUGGAUACACAAGGGACCGAGGUGGAUGGCCGUGCAGUCGAGUUGGAUAGGGUACAUUGCAGUGUGCAAUGACAAACAAGAGAUUUCGAGGCUUGGCCGGAGGGACGUAGUAAUCGCGUUACGUGGCACAGCUACAUGUUUGGAGUGGCUUGAAAAUCUUAGGGCCACUCUCACUCCUCUUCCCAAUGCCAAAUCCUCUUAUAAUUCUCCAAUGGUGGAAAGUGGAUUCUUGAGCUUAUACACUUCUAGCAUGGGAACCCGCCCAAGUCUACAAAAACUGAUAAGAGAAGAGAUUUCAAGAAUACUUCAAACGUAUUCUAAUGAGCCCUUAAGCUUCACAAUCACAGGCCAUUCUUUAGGUGCAGCUCUUGCAACCCUAGCAGCAUAUGACAUUAAAGAAACCUUCAAGAAUUCACCUCUGGUGACUGUCAUUUCAUUUGCUGGUCCACGAGUCGGAAAUUGGAGCUUUCGAUGCCAUUUAGAUAAUCAAGGCACUAAAGUUUUACGUAUAGUAAACUCCGAUGAUCUUAUAACAAAAGUUCCCGGUUUUGUUCUCGUUAACAACGAAGAAAUGACCAGUGAUUGUGACCGUUAUACCGGAAAUUAUCCGAGUUGGAUACAAAGAUUGGUGGAGGAUCGUCAAUGGGCUUAUGCAGAUGUCGGAUGCGAGCUCCGGCUAAGAAGCCGGGACUCACCCUACCUCAAUGGAAUUAACAUGGCAACAUGUCAUGAUCUAAAGACAUAUCUUCACUUAGUCAAUGGAUUUGUGAGCUCCAACUGUCCAUUUAGAGUCACUGCAAGAAAAAUAAUGAAUAAUAAGAGACUUGUAAAUUGCUAG